GAAGCGAUGGCAGCAUUACGCGAAGAGCUCGAGAAACACAAAAUUGAACUGCAGCGCAUAUUGGACGAGAAUACGGUAUUAACUGAGAAGAUAUGUAUUGAAGGAAUUUUUACCUAUGACCGUAGUGCAUUGAUUAAUCUAAUGGAAGCUAUAUGUGUUCAACUUGAAGCAGUGCGCGAAAAGCUACGUGCUAAAACGUUGAAACUAAUAGAGAUUGUCACCAAAGCAGAGGAAUUGAAAAAAAUAACGAACCAGUAA